AUUUUGUCCUAAGCUUCACGAUAGACUCAAAACGAAGCACGGGCCCUUUGACAAAAUCGAAUCGGCCUCCGUUUUCUUUGCAUUUAAGAGAAAAGAAAACAAACCGACGAUUUCGAGCCCUGCAGCCAAAUAUUUUUCACCACUGCAUUUCCUCCUUUGGCUGGCCUUGAUCGAUUCCAAUUCCGGAUUCUGCUAUUCCGGUAAUACUUUCUGAUAUAAUUUUUUCACAUAUAAUUUCCAAGAUGAACAACGAGCCUUCUAGAACGGGAUCUGCUCCUACAUUGAUGUUUCGUGGCAAUUAUUCGGGAAACAGGGAGCAGAGUUCUGAGAUAUUCACUUCCUUUCCAGCCCUAGCUGAUGCUGCAUCUUAUCUGACUCAGACGACUUCAUACUUAACUCGCUGCUUUGCAGGGUCUGCUGAUGAAUCUGUUUUAGAUGACGGUGAGGAGUUGGUAACAUUUAGUUCUGGAGAAGCACACAUAUCUGAUUCAGUGAAUGGAUUCACAGCUGCUCAUGACUCUGUUGGUUCUGGAACAACGUUAAUGACACCUGAUGAAAGAGGCACAGCAUCAUUAGGAGGUUCUUCUCAAGCUGGAACUGGACCAUUAGUCUCAACUAGUGUUUUCCAGAUCGGUCCUUCAAUUUUCCAGGGUCUUAUUUCUCGAGCGCGGAAGACUGUUCUUGGUUCUGCAGAUGAUAUUGGAUGGCUUCAGCGUGCUCCUGGCAUGCCUCCUGUAGAAGAUGGAACUAAACGAUUUAUUGAGUUGCUUGAAAAUAUCAGAAACGAUGAACAUAAGUUGCCAGAUUCUUUGGUUUAUUUGUUAGUUCCAGGUCUGUUUAGUAAUCAUGGCCCACUGUAUUUUGUUAAUACAAAAACAUGUUUUUCAAAGAUGGGGCUGACUUGUCAUAUUGCUAAGAUUCAUAGUGAGGCUUCAAUUGAUAAAAAUGCCAGAGAGAUCAAGGAGUAUAUUGAAGAAAUAUACUGGGGGUCGAAGAAACGCAUAUUGCUUCUUGGACAUAGCAAAGGUGGGGUUGACUCUGCUGCUGCGUUAUCUCUGUACUGGCCUGAUCUGAAAGAUAAGGUCGCUGGAUUAGCCUUGGCUCAGAGUCCCUAUGGAGGUAGCCCAAUUGCUUCAGAUAUUUUGAGAGAAGGCCAGCUUGGAGAUUAUGUCCAAUUGAGAAAAAUCAUGCAAGUUUUGAUAUGCAAAGUCCUUAAGGGAGAUCUACAAGCAUUAGAAGACUUAACAUACGAAAAAAGGCGGGAAUUCUUGCGCAAACAUCCAUUGCCUCGCGAUCUUCCUGUCGUCUCCUUCCACACCGAAGCCGGCUUAGGACCCAGCGUCCUUGCCUCCUUAUCUCAAGUGGCCCAUGCCGAGCUACCCAUCAUCGGCGAUGGUCCAUCCACAAAGGUGCCGGUCGUCAUGCCGCUCUCAGCCGCAAUGGCUGCCUGCGCCCAACUUCUUCAAGUCAGGUAUGGGGAGAAGAGCGACGGCCUCGUCACAAGGAGAGAUGCCGAGGUUCCGGGCUCCGUCGUCGUCCGACCGGAGCGGAAACUGGAUCAUGCAUGGAUGGUAUACUCUACACUCAACGACAGCCCGGGCGAAGCUGAUGCUUCUCAGGUCUGUGAGGCUCUGCUCACAUUGCUUGUGGAGGUUGGGCAGAAGAGAAGGCAUGUAAUUACCAUGAAAGAUGAGUGAGAUUUGCAGACUUUUACUUAUUUUUAGGCGCUGCUUACAUACGGUUUGCGUUAGAAUUUGAGGUUUAGAAAUGUAUUCCUUUUCCUUGGUGCUGCUAUUAACGGUGUUGUAUUUGCAA